AGAAAAAAAAAACUCUUUCAACCCUUUUGCCGACUUCUCACUCCUUGCUGCAAUGGCCGUUGCUAUCAUGUCUUCCUUCUACAUUUCUCUUCUAAACCCAAGCAAAACCCUAAGCAUUUUAAUACCAGAAAACCCUCUCCCCAAGAGCUGCAGGCUCCAAUCACGGACUUUUGUCUGCCGCCGAAGCAGCUCCAUCUUGCACAGAUGCGCAUCGGUUUCCGGAAGAAACCUCUCCGCUGCUCCCUCGGCAACAAGAAAUUAUGAGUUUUUUGAUGGUGGUACGGACGUAGAGCUAAGGCUCCAUAUAUCAGCCCUUGGUGUUGAAAGCUCCAGUGACAUAUUUGUGGAUGUGGACGAUUGUUCCCUGCUAAUUAGGGUUAAAGCAUCCGGUACUCUUAGAACCUUAAUGCAAACUGAUUGUUUGUUUGAGAGGGUAAAACCAGCUGAAACUAUAUGGUACAUAGAUGAGGAUCAACUGGUAGUUAACCUAAAGAAGCGUGAGGCAGAACUGAAGUGGCCUGAUGUCAUGGAAUCCUGGGAGUCCCUUAUAUUGGCCGCUCCGCAGCUCCUUAAAGGAACAUCAAUCUAUGUCAUUGGACAAUCCACAGAAAUUAAUCAAGAAGUUGCUAAAGUUCUUGCUGUUGGUAUCGGAUAUACCCCACUAUUUACUAGUGAAGUAUUGGAAAAAUGUGCCGGGCAAUCAGUUGAUUCCUGGGUUGCUGCAGAAGGAGCAGGGCCUGUUGCUGAAGCAGAAGCUCUGGCACUUCAAAGUCUUAGCAGCCAUGUUCGCGCUGUUGUGGCCACACUUGGAGGCCCCCAUGGAGCUGCGGCAUGGCCUGAUAAGUGGCAGCAUCUCCAUGCCGGAUUCACUGUGUGGUUGUCCAAAUCCAAAGCAGCUGCAGAUGAAGCAAGCGCAAGGAAGGAAGCCAUAAGGAACAUGCAAGAUGGAGGUGUUGGCUACACCAAUGCUGAUGUAGUUGUGAAGCUUGCUGGAUGGGACAAGAAUCAUGCACAAGAGGUUGCUCUUGGAUGUUUGAGAGCACUCAAACAACUUAUAUUGUCUGAUAAGCAGCUAACAGGGAAGAAGAGUCUCUACAUUAGAUUAGGAUGCCGUGGAGAUUGGCCCAAUAUUAAACCUCCCGGUUGGGACCCAUCCAGUGAGCAUUGAAGAUAUAGUCAGAACUCUGGAAUUCCGUAUACUUAUAACUUUUUUUAAGAAUAAAAUUCAGUUUAUUCAAAAUUGUAUGAUAAUAUUCUAUAUUUUUAUUAACAUUGAAUGCACCAUCCCCUACUUAGAAAAUGAUUA